AUGACUUUGACGUUGGAUAUGUCACUACAGGUCAUAGGGAUCAACGGGAAAUGGCCCAUUCCUACCAUCGAGUGCGAUGCCGGCGAUACAGUACAGGUGACUGUUCACAAUAGCCUUCCAGAUCAGACAACAUCUCUUCAUUUCCAUGGUAUAUGGCAGAAGGGUACGCAAGCCUAUGACGGUCCCAGUGGAGUCACCCAGUGCCCCAUCCAACCCGGAGGGUCUUUCACCUACACCUUCGUCGCAAACCCUCCUGGUACCCAUUGGUACCAUGCGCAUCAGAAGGGCCAGUAUCCUGAUGGUCUGCGAGGCAAGAUGGUUGUGCACGACAGGGCCUGGGAGAAGAGCUUGAAAAUUGACAAGCAGUUGUUCCUUUCCGUGUCGGACUGGUACCAUCGCACAAUGCCGGAAAUGAUUGAAGAGUACAUGAGCCCUGCCAACACCAACGCCGACUUCGACUCUCCCGAUUCUUUCCUCUUCAACGACUCCAACAAGCCGUUUGAGCUCAAGAUUGCCAAGGGUAAAAGGUACCUGCUUCGUAUUGUCAACACCGCUGCUGUCGCAUGUGCGCGAUUCCAUAUCGAAGGCUACAAGCUCAGCGUAGUUGAAAUUGACGGUGUACAAACGCAACCCAGGGACGCGGAUACGAUCAUCAUCUGCGCAGGCCAGAGCUACGCUGUAGUUGUGCAAGGCAAGAAAAACCCGAAAGGAAAAGCCAACUGGAUUGCGCAGAUGGAUACAGGCAUGAUGACAAAGUCUCCGCCUCCAAAACAGUCACGAACCAUUGUCGGAGACCUUAAAUACGACGUCUUCGAUGAGCUUGAUGAUGUCAUCGACGAGAUAGGAGACGAUAUAGAUGACAUUGUCAACGAGGACAUACUCGACGACGACUGGAAACCGCCAGCAGCCAGCAUCCUCGACGACUUCACCAUGAAGCCGCUCGACGGGCAGAAGCUUAUGGGACCAGUCGACAACAAAAUCGAGUUGACGACCAAUCAGACAUACUUCGAGGGCAUUGGUACCCGAACACCUCUCAACUCGCAGCCAUGGGUCCCACCUCAAGUCCCCACGCUCUACACUGCUUUGACGACUGGCAGCAUGGACCCCGCGACAUACGGCCCCGGUACCAACCCCUGGGUCAUCAAAUCCGGCCAAAUCGUGCAGAUUCACUUGCAAAAUCCGCACAUGUACCCUCACCCCAUGCAUCUUCACGGUCACAUCUUCCAGGUAGUCGCCAAGGGUCUCGGAUCUUGGAACGGCGAUGAGCGCUCACUUCCCAAGGUACCCCUGAAGCGUGAUGGUUUCGUUGUUCCGGCUUUCGGUUACGCGGUCAUUCGUUUCAAGGCUGAUAACCCGGGUGUCUGGUUCUUUCAUUGCCACAUCGAUUUCCAUCUCGUCGGUGGUAUGGCUGCGACUAUCAUCGAAUCUCCAAACUUGCUGUCUGGUUCUGUUCCCGCUGCUGGUAUCGCGCUUUGCGAUGCUGGAAAGAUGAAAUCAAGCGGUAACUGCGCUGGCGAGAAGGGUGACAUUUCCGCGAAGGAUGCAAGCACCAAGUGCAAUAACGUUUACAACACCAAAGUGCGUGGUGCUUUGAUUGAGUAG